GGCCCGCUGACCUGUCAAUGGCAUUUAUCGAUAUCGAAACUAUAUCUAUGUAGAUGGACGGCGAUGUAAUCAUGAGAGGCGGCGCGUAGAGCAGAAAAAGUUUUGGCCCCGAAAGUUUGGACUAAUAGAAAAUAUGGCCGGCCAUUGAGUUUGGCCAAAAAGAGCAAAGUUUGCUGCCGCUUCUCGUCCUUCGGCGUCCUGCGUCCUGCGAUAUUGUUCCAUGUGGCCAGGGAGCAGGAGCUGGAUCGAAAUCAGCUGGUGACUUUAAAGGCGACUGGCCACAAUGGACCUUGGCCGCUGGCUGCUGCAGCUGGGCGUGCACAUGCUGCUGGUUGUGCGGCGCAUUCAGUGUCUACGUGUGACUGACAUCAAUGUGCCACAAAUUGUUGAUUUUCGUGAUAACGUGACAUUAUCCUGCAGCUAUGACAUAAGUGGUCACACGUUAAAUUCGGUUAAGUGGUACAAAAGCGGAAAGGAGUUUUUUAGAUACUCGCCCCUCACCCCGCCCACCUACAUUCCGUUCGCGGUGGAGGGCGUGCAGCUGAUCGAUGACGGCAACGAGUGCAACGAAUCCUCCUGUCGCGUGGAACUCAAUUUAUUGGGCGUCAAGUCGUCGGGCGUCUACAGGUGCGAAGUGUCCGGCGAUGCCCCCCACUUUCAGCUAACUGCACGCGAUGCCAACAUGACUGUCGAAGCACUCCCGCAGAACAAUCCACUCAUCAGCAGCUUUCACUCAACUUACCGCUUCGAUGACUUCGUUCAGGUCAACUGCAGCACCGACUUUUCCAGCCUUUUCACUCGGAUCACCUGGUACAUCAAUGGGAUAAAGGUUUCCCUGGUGGAUCUACUGCCCAGUAUUGAGACCACAAUCGUUGCCCAUGGCUACAGUAUGCGUCGUAUUGUUUCCCAACUGAAUUUUUAUGCCAACGAACCGCGUUUCCAUCAAUUGCAAUUGCAAAAGCUAAUCCAACAAAAGCGGACAAUCUCACCUGCUCGUCUUGGCCUUGAGUUGCGUUGUGUGGCCGAAAUCGAUCGAUAUCCUCAUCUUCAGCGCGAAGUCAGCAUGUUCGCCCAUCUCUUUAGAGACGAAAUCGAUCAGAAGAACCAGAAGCUGAUUAACUCGAGAUCAGAUGCCACUCGAAACGCACAAGUGCAGCUGCUGGUGGCAAUUUCGAUGACGAUAACCGCAGUGCGACUCUUCACACCGCUGACAUUUCAAUAUGGCGCACGGAAGUCGGCGCGCUACAAAAUGGCGGCCACGCGAUGAAUUUUCCCUUGUUUCCGGUUUUGAUUGCGUUUUGGAUAUAUAUAUAUAUUUGUUUUGAACAAUUUUUGUAGCUCUAAGCAACUGAAAUGCACGUGAGAAUUUACAAACAAAAAUCAAUGUAAUAUUUAUGUAUAAUUGUAAUAAACGUCACGGAGAAAAAUCGAGAGGGAAAUAAAGUUAAGCCUAAGAAAGCGAAUCCUGUAAAUAGCCUUUAAGUGUGCAAUCGAAUUAUAAGAACACAAUGAAAUCAUCGUCAAUAAACA